CUUUGGUAAAGCUCGAGAGGAAAAGGAGCGGUUUGGAGUGAGACUUCUGAAGCCACGGGACGCCCGGGUUCGCCCAGUGCGCGGCGGUUGCGCGCACCGGCCACAAGAAAUCCUCCAUUCAGAAGAAAUGCUGUGUUGCUUCCCUUUACCCACACAAAAUGGAACCCAACAGACUACGUAACUGAAGAAAUUACAGCCUCCUUACAAAUGAGAGACAUUCAAGUCUACGUAGUUUCCAGCUGAGUGAAUAUACCCAACAGCUUCUUCACAGUGUAGAUUAGAACGAGGGAAAAAUGAACAUCACUAACUGUACCACAGAAGCCAGUGUGGCUGGCAGACCCAAGACCAUCACUGAGAAGAUGUUCAUUUCCAUGACUCUAGUGAUCAUCACCACCCUGACCAUGCUGCUAAACUCCGCCGUGAUCAUGGCCAUCUGUACCACCAAGAAGCUCCACCAGCCUGCCAACUACCUGAUCUGUUCUCUGGCCGUGACGGACCUCCUGGUGGCCGUGCUCGUCAUGCCCCUGAGCAUCAUGUACAUUGUCAUGGACAGCUGGAAGCUAGGGUACUUCACCUGCGAGGUAUGGCUCAGCGUGGACAUGACCUGCUGCACCUGCUCCAUCCUUCAUCUCUGUGUGAUUGCCCUAGACAGGUACUGGGCCAUCACCAACGCCAUUGAGUAUGCCAGGAAGAGGACCGCCAAGAGGGCUGUACUGAUGAUCCUCACCGUCUGGACCAUCUCCAUCUUCAUCUCCAUGCCUCCUCUGUUCUGGAGGAGCCACCGCCGGCUCAGCCCGCGCCCUAGUCAGUGCACCAUCCAGCACGAUCACGUCAUCUACACCAUUUACUCCACAUUUGGGGCAUUCUAUAUCCCCUUGACUUUGAUACUGAUUCUCUAUUACCGGAUUUACCACGCAGCCAAGAGCCUUUACCAGAAAAGAGGCUCAAGCCGGCACUUAAGCAACAGAAGCACGGAUAGCCAAAAUUCAUUCGCCAGCUGUAAACUGACACAGACUUUCUGUGUGUCUGACUUCUCCACGUCGGACCCUACCACAGAGUUUGAAAAGAUCCACACCUCCAUCAGGAUCCCUCCCUUUGACAAUGACCUAGAUCACCCGGGAGAGCGCCAGCAAAUCUCGAGUACCAGGGAGCGCAAGGCAGCGCGCAUCCUGGGGCUGAUCUUGGGUGCGUUCAUCCUGUCCUGGCUACCGUUCUUCAUCAAAGAGCUGAUUGUAGGUCUGAGUAUCUACACCGUGUCCUCUGAAGUGGCCGAUUUUUUGACAUGGCUUGGUUAUGUUAAUUCUCUGAUCAACCCGCUGCUCUACACAAGUUUUAAUGAAGACUUUAAGCUGGCUUUUAAAAAGCUUAUCAGGUGCCGAGAACAUACUUAGAUGGUAAAAAGCCAGAAGGCAUGACUUUUACCAGCCUCGUGAGUGCACAGGGAUGAGGGGUGCAACUUACUAAUCCUUGAACAUAGUUGGUUCAGGAGAGGUUGUAAGUAUGUGUGGUCUUGUUUUUUGUUUGUUUCUGUUUGAGGCUUGUUUGGUGUGCUGUUUUCUACCUCUGGUCUUAUUUAUGGUACAUAAUUUCAAAUAAACACUAUCCUACAAAAA